CUCCCCGGUGACAGACGGACAGUGCGGCAGAGCGGCACGAAGCGCGGUGUGGAUUAAACCUCUGUGUGUUUACGCGUUUUUUUGUUUUCUUCGUGCUGGAUUUCCUGAGAAGCAACAUGACCUUCGAGGAGCUGAACGGAGUUUAUACUUCUGCUGAAAGGAUGGAUUCGGUUUCCAAAGCCCUGGAGGAGGUCCUCACUUCUGCCCUGCUUCAAGGCUGGGUUACGGUGGGAGUUUAUGAAUCUGCCAAGUCGUUGAACGUAGACCCGGAUAACGUCGUGCUGUGCGUCCUCGCGACCGACGACGAGGACGGGAAGGACGUCGCCUUGCAGAUCCACUUCACUCUCAUCCAGGCCUUCUGCUGCGAAAACGACAUCAACAUCCUGCGUGUGAACAACACCAGGCGUCUCGCCAAGAUCUUGGGGAAACCGGGGAAGCAGGGAGGAGAACAGACGGAUCUCCACUGCAUCCUCGUCACUAUCCCACGUGCAUCUUCCUGGAAGAACCCGGCGUUAUGGAAAGUGCAUCGCUUCUGCCACGAGAGCCGCUGCAUGGACCAGUGGGUUCCUGUCAUCAACCUCCCCGAACGAUGAAAACAAAAAAUUCGGAUGAAAUACAAAAAAAAAACGAUAUUAUAAAAUAAAAAAAGUUUUCCUCCUGAGUACACCAGAACUCGCAACUGGAUCUCGGCCAGUUCUCUGGAAGGAGGAGGGGUUUUCUCCAGUAACCUCAGCCAAGAUGACUCUGCAGGUUUUUAUUUUUGCUUUCGGAGAAAAGAGAGGACUCUGAGCUGGAGAAGGAGAAACUCAUGGACUGUAUGUGCUGAUCAGCGAGGCUCUUGCACGGAGGAUUUCUUUCUUGGAAGUGUGGAAUCGGGACGAGGCCGCCGGAGCUGCUGAGCUACUCGCGAAAUACAUUAUUUAAACUUUAUUAUUAUUAUUAUUAUUGUAAAACAUAAACUGAUUAUGUAAAUAUAUUUAAAAAUUGAGACGGAUUCAGAACACCACUUUUUUGUAAAAGUUUUUUUUCUUUCGUUGGUUUUGAGUUUUUUCAGUUUCUAGUUUGUAAAUUAAAUUAUUCCAUAUUUACUUAAAAAAAAAAAGUAUUUAUGCUAAUUCACUUUUAUACCACCAACUGACCUGUGAUUGGUUACAGAUGUAUUUUGUGAUGCAAUAAAUUAUAUUUUGAAAAGUAAAA